GCCGCUCCUGCAGUCGCUCGUGCAGCAGCAGCAGCAGGUCCUGCAGCUCUGCAACCCGUGCAACCGGUGCAACCGGUGCAGCUGCCGCGCCGGGGUCCCCCGGAGGUGGCGGCGGGGAGGCGAAAAUGGCUGAUGACUUCGGCUUCUUCUCGUCGUCGGAGAGCGGGGCGGCGGAGGCCCCCGAGGAGGACCCGGCCGCCGCCUUCCUGGCGCAGCAGGAGAGCGCCAUCGCCGGCAUCGAGAACGACGAGGGCUUCGGGCCGGCCGAAGGCGCCCCCGCCGCGGGCCCGCAGACCCCCGACACCCCCGCCGCCGCCUUCGAGGACCUGGGAACCACUGUCAAUGGAGACGUAUUUCAGGAAGCGAACGGUCCCUCGGAUGGCUACGCCGCCAUCGCUCGAGCCGACCGGUUGACCCAGGAGCCCGAAAGCAUCCGCAAGUGGAGAGAGGAGCAGAAGAAGCGACUGCAGGAGCUGGAUGCCGCCUCCAAGGUGACCGAGCAGGAGUGGCGGGAAAAGGCCCAAAAGGACCUGGAGGAGUGGAAUGUGCGGCAGAACGAGCAAAUGGAAAAGAACAAGGUCAACAACAGGAUCGCUGACAAGGCAUUCUACCAGCAGCCAGAUGCCGAUGUCAUAGGCUACGUGGCGUCGGAAGAGGCCUUCCUGAAGGAGUCCAAGGAGGAGGCGCCCGGCAGCGAGUGGGAGAAGGUGGCCCAGCUGUGCGACUUCAACCCCAAGAGCAGCAAGCAGAGCAAGGACGUCUCCCGCAUGCGCUCAGUGCUCAUCUCCCUGAAGCAGACCCCGCUGGCCCGUUAGGGAAACCAAAGAGCGGAGGGCGGGGAGGAGGAGGAGGAAGAGGAGGAGGAGCAACAACAAGCAAGCGGCAGCUGCUACUUCCGCUCUGAAGCCCACCGUCAGCUUCUCCCCUUAUGGCCACAGCACAAAACCAGUCGUUCCCCCCCAGCUCCCUCUCCCCAAGUCCGGAGGUCCGACCCGGCUUCCCUCCCACCCCCCACAUACACACACACUCCUUCCCCAGUUGCCCCACUGCUCCCGGAGUCUGGUUGUGAUUGCCCCCCACCCUCCCUAACUGCCCCCCCCACUUGGUUUCUUUUUUUUUCUUGGCUUAAAGGGUGUGUUGUUAUCUCUUUUUACACUUAUUUAUUACCA